AGCACGGAGGACCUUUGAGCGCUCUGACACAUUUAACCUUUGGACUCAUAACAGGACAGAUUUGCUGCCUUUGACCAUACCUGAGAUGACAAAUCAGGGCAGCACCUCCACCUUGAUCCUCCCAUCGGUGUUGUACUUUGAUCCUUAGGCUUCUCAAGCAGAAACCAAGGAAGCUUCUCGUCAAGCAAUUGAGGAUCAGGUGUUUUUCUGUCAUGACCGGCCUCGGUGGAAAAACGUCUGAAAUAACGAGACAAUGACGGUGGAGAGGAGCUGUUGUUGACAGAGAAGUGGCUUGUUUGUGCCGGGAAAACAUCCCAUUCUGUGACCAGUCCAGAAGGAGUGGGGGGAAAAAUUGACAAUUGAAGAUGUUUGGAAAUGCGGGGCCAUUUUCUUACACCCCAAGGGGAUUCUCACAGGAUGAAGAACCAAGGGGUACAUCCCUGCAAAGAACCAUGUCCAGACCCACUGGGAAAUCCAUAUACAUGCAGAGAAAGGAGUACGCAGAGACACUCAACAGACAACAGGACACCUUAAACGCUAGAGUGGAGCAUCUGCUCACCUGUGAGCUUGAUGGCCAUCUGCUGAAGACUGUUGAAGAUUGCGUGGCCAAGCUCAGGAGGCUGGAGGCCAAAGGCCGCCUGUGGCCUCAAAACAUGAUCAUGGACGUUCAAGGACCUUUUCUUGUGCUCAGUGACAUUGAGACUAAGGCUGAGCUGGAGUCCAUUCCUCUGAGUUACAUCACACAAACCAAAUCUUUGGAGGACAACGGAUCUGACGACAACUCUCUGCUGAUAAUAACUGUACAGGACCGCAACAAACGAGUCCCACAGGUCUUCAUGUUUCAGUGUGAGGAGACCUCGGGGGAUAUUGUAAAGGCUGAUCUGGAUAAGGCAGUGCAAAGAGGGGGAGGUGGUGACCUGGAGCCUUUCAGAGAGCACAGUGACAUCAGGAGUAAUCUUGAGAAUAUCAUCGGUCUGCAAGCUGCAGGAGGUUUUCGGCCGCCUGUGCCUCAAUCCCCGGAGUAUAACAGGAGGCUGCCCCCACCCGACUUUAUGAGCCCACAGUGGAACAACAGAGAGCCGGAAAAUAUGCCUCCUCCACGAUCGCACAAUCUUCAAGAAGACAUGAUGGCUCAGCCAGGUCUAUAUGAACAGCAGAACGGCCCACAGAUCCCAGAUGAGAAGCUAGAGAUUGAAAGGAGCAUGGAGAUUUUUAACCACGUAAUCAAUGAUUUGGAGAUCUUCAUGGGCCAAGUGACUGCUGCGGUGAACAUGCCACAAGAAGAGGAAAAGAAGAAGAAGAAGAAAAAGAGCAAGAAGAAAAAGUCACAGAAGAAUGCACUGCCUGAUAAUCUCCCAUCUUGGGAAGAAUAUGUCUCCUUCCUGCAGAAGAUCAAAUACGGAUUUAACCUGCUGAGCAAGCUUGAAGGGGUUCUGACCCCCGUCAGCGCUCCCGACUACGUUCACAUCUUCUUCCAGUUUUUGGAUAUGAUAGUUCCCCAGUACCCUUCCGACCUGCCCCCCACUGUGGUGUCCCCCAUGUUGACAGAGGCAGCCAUAGAGAUGCUGGGUCAGGUGUUGGGCCGGGAGGAGUACCGCAUGUGGAGGUCUCUGGGAGAAUGCUGGUUCGUCCCCAGAUCCAACUGGCCAGAAAAGGUCCCACCUUACAUCCCAGAAUUCUAUGACGGCUGGCAGCCACCUGCACCUCCACCCCCCCUCUCUCCCCAACUCAGACAUCAAAACGGUCCAAUGAGCAGGAGCAACAGCCAGCGCUUCCAGCCUGACGGACCGGGUCGAAUUUAUGAAGAAGCACCCUAUUCGCCCAGAGCGAGCCUGCGGCAGCCUGAAGAACCCAUGGGAAACGGCCCGUGGAAUUCAAUGCCACCGCCAUCGGAGCCACCAGCCCUCAUGCAAGCCAUAUACAACUUCAAUGCCAGGAACAACAGAGAGUUGAGUCUUAUGAAGGGAGAGAUGGUUCAGGUGGUUAAUAAAGCUAAGCAAUGGUGGCUUGUUCGCAACUCGCAUGGCGAAGAAGGCAACGUUCCUCUGAAUAUUUUGGAGCCAGCUUCAAGCAGCAGAUCUGCAGAAGAGCCACCAUAUGCACAGCGCAACAGUUUUGGUCCUGUGACUCUGGGUUUGAACUCCUCAUCUGCGGAGGUGAAGGCCUGGCUUGAGUACAAAUGUUUCUCCAGAAUCACUACUUCCAGCCUCGGGGUGCUGAGUGGAAGGCAACUUUUGGGCAUGUCCAAAGAGGAGUUGAGGGCAGUGUGUCCAGAGGAAGGAGGGAAGGUCUUCUUCCAGCUUCAGGGAGUCAAAUCAUCCAUUGCUUUGGCCAGUGAACAGUCAGGCAUGUACAACGGUCGCUACUAGCAACCAGUACAGCGGUACCACGGAGCAACAGCUGGAUGCACCAUGUAUAGCAAUAAUUAAUCUGAAGAAUAUGUUUAUGCCUUUUAAAUGUGAUCAUCUCUACCAUUAUUGCUGCCCUUUGUAGCAUUUUACACCGGAAAAUAUAUUUAAAGCCGUCUACUGCAUUAUUUUACCUUAAUGACAUUUUGAUGUAAAAAUGAAUCCAAAAGAGAAUUAUGAAAAUUUGUCUUUAUUCAGAAAAUGUAACAAUGCCUUUAACUACAAUUAAAGGUGCUGCUUUUAAGUA